AGCUCUGUUUACGUUAGUUGCUUCCUCCUUUUACACAACGCUUUAAAGCAGAGUCGCGUCCUCUCCACUCGUCUCGUUUGCGCGCCGUCGUGUUCUGUACACCUGCAGCUUGAAAAGCAGGCUAAGUAUCGACAGGAGAUGGAUAUUCUGACAGUGUUACCGUCCAGUUUUGGAUAUGUCAUAUUUACUUACCUCUACAGCUGGAUAAUGCUGGGCUAUCUCGCGGUCAAGGUUGGGGCUGCCAGAAAGAAGUACGAUGUUAAGUAUCCCACUAUGUACAGUGAUAAGGAACAGGUAUUCAACUGCAUCCAGAGAGCACAUCAGAACACCCUGGAGGUUUACCCUCAAUGGCUUGUUUUCCAGACCAUUGCAGCUCUUGUCUAUCCACUAUCAGCAUCUGUGCUGGGGGCUAUUUGGGUGACCAGCAGGUUGUCCUACGCCUGGGGCUACUACACUGGAGAUCCAGCCAAGAGGAUGAAUGGUGCCUAUGGCUACAUUGGAUACUUUGGAGUCAUCAUCCUUUCCAUAUCUGUAGCCUUGCAAUUGCUUGGAGUUUUUUAAGAUCAUCUUGUAUUUGCCCAUCUGGCUGAAGUGUUUACUCAUUUAUACUGGCUCGCAUGGUACUUUGAAAUGUAGACUAUCAACUAUAAAGUAGCUGUACAGCUUGUUGAACUACUAAUUUCAAAUUAUGAUGCACAACAUAAUAUUUUAUGGACCACUAACUUAAUAGUUGAUGUCUUUUUUUGCAAUAUUGAUUGUGAAUGUAUAUUCAAUGUAAUCAACAACAAUAAAAUACAUGUUGACUAGUGA